CGUCCAGAGCCUCAGAGGCGCGGCGGGAGCGCGGCCGGUGAUGGGCUCCCGCGGCCCGAGGUCGCUCGUGCUCGUCCUCCCGCGGCCCGGCGGCCCCGGCGGCCGAGGUCUCUGGGGCUCCGAGGGCUCCCGCGGUCCGAGUUCUCCCGCGGCCCGAGGUCUCCGCCCCACCAUGCGGCUGAGAAGCCCCAGGCUGCUCCUCCUGCUGUUCUGUGGCCUGCGAGCUGUCGUUGCAGUGAGUCAGGAACGAGAGGUCAGAGCCAUGGUGGGCAGCGACGUCCGGCUGGCCUGUGUGUCCCUGGAGGAAGGCAGCUUCGACUUAAACGAUGUUUUUGUGUACUGGCAAAUCAGCGAGCCGGGCAAGGCCAACGCCAAGUCCGUGGUGACUUACUACCUCCCCGAGAACAGCUCCGCCGGCCACAGUGACAACCACUACAGGGACCGGGCCUGGCUGUCCCUUGACAGCAUGAGACAGGGCGACUUCUCGCUGCACCUGCACAACGUCACCCCACAGGACGAGCAGAAGUUCAACUGCCUGGUGUUUCGGAAAUCCUUAGAGCUGAGAAAGAUUUUGGACGUCGUGGUGUCGCUGCAUGUGGCAGCAAACUACAGCAUGCCCGUGGUCAGCGGCCCGUCCCAGGACGAGGAGCUCACGUUCACGUGCACGUCCACGAACGGCUACCCGCGGCCCAACGUGUACUGGAUCAACAGGACGGACGGCAGCCUGCUGGAUGGGGCCCUGCAGAGCAGCACCGUGUCCCUCAACGCCCGCGGCCUGUACGACGUGGUCAGCGUGCUGAGGAUCGGACGGGCCCCCUCCGUGAACGUGGGCUGCUGCAUCGAGAACGUGCUUCUGCACCAGAACCUGACCAGCAACCAGCCGGAAAUGUUCACCGGGGACAAGAAGAGCGUCCCAGACGGCCCGGCCCACGACACCCUCGAGGCAGGAAGCCGGCCGGUCCUCAGCGUCCUCGGCGUGCUGGCCAUGGCCGUGGUCGUGGCCGUGGUCACAGGCUGGCUGUGCAGGAACAGGUGUCCCCACAGAAGCCACACAGAUGCCCGGGCUGCGAGGCCGGAGCUGGAACUUGCGGGUGAGUCUGCCAGGAGGGGAAGAGGCCCUUGGAGGAAGAGUGUGGGCCACGUGGACCCUAACUGCCCAUUGUCUCCGUGUCCGCCUUGUGGCGCGAGGGCCACUCGCUGAGCAGGAAAUGGUGUUUCCAGUGCCAGCGGCAGUGGAAGCCCGAGUGAAGGCAUUUCCCACGGCCUGCGGGCUGUGAACUUGCUGACUGUGUGCUGCGGGGUUUCCCAGACCCGCGCAGAAGCAGCCUGGGACGCAGCCCUGCACCUGCCUGGACCCCUCUCCCUGCCCCCUCCAUUGCGGCCCUGCCUGCCCCUGGGGGACCGUGGACCCCCGUCCAGCCAGUGCUCACCGCCCGGGGCAGAGGUCAAUGGGACUCCUGCUCCAGUGUGGGAAAAACAUGCCCGCUCAGGGUCUUUGGUUUCACAUCCCAUCAGCUGGUGCCUCAGGCUGCAAGGACUUUUGCGGUCAGGCCGCCGGGUGGGCCCGGGUGAGCCAAGCCACGUGGCUGCCUGGGGCUGCAGCCCAUCCGCUCCGAGGCCAGUUUCCGAUGACUCAGGAACUGCUUGUUAAAGACCCCGGGCAGCGACCUGAGGGUCAGACGAGAGCCUCUGCAGCGUUUCAACCCUGUCUUCAGCGUCCUGGGUUCCGAGAGGAGUCUCUGCCCCCGGAAUGAAAACGAGCCCCCUCCGCACUCACGCCCGUCUCCCUCUUUCCUUCCAAGAGCUCGUGUGACGAGAGCACCCGCCCGGGACGAGGAAGGGCUCACCGGAGGGACCGCCAGCAGGGACAUCGUGGAGGCCGCCGGAGGCCGACUGGGGCGGGAGGGGCGGGGGCACCAUGCCCUCCGGAGCUGCAGGGACAUGGAGCCUCCCAGCCUCACGGGCUCCCCCCGGCAGGACCCGCUGACCCCGGAGAGUGGGUGCUGGGCGCCGCCCCCAUCCCGGUGGCCCUUAUGAAAGGUCAGCAGCUCGAGACAUGUGUCCCCAAGCGCGUGGGCUCUGCACCUUCACUGUCGGACUCAGAGCAAGGAGGACUUGCCGGCCCCCAGGGCCCGGGGCGCUGUUCCGCGUCCCAGCCCUGCUCGGAGGCCGAGGAAGGGCGUCCGGUUCAGAAGGAGGCCUGAGAGCCCCUGCUCCUUCUGGGGUGGCUGCCGCCGGGUCGCCCCAGGGGCAGGCUGCUGGCUGGUCAGGCUGCCGCCCGCCCCAGCCCGGCGUCUGCACAGUGUCUCGAAGCAGGAGGCGGGGUCCCUGGAAAACACCCAGCAUUCUUGUCGCUCUGGGACACGCGUUGGCUGGGCCCGAAGCUACGUGUCCCUCCUCAAAAGCGCAGUGGGGUCCUGCAGGGCGUGUGUGGGACGGCGGGCCGGGCUUGGGCUCUGCCUGGAGGACGCACAGCGGAGAGCAGAGGUCGCUGUGUGGGCGGAGGCCGGCCUCCCGCCGCGGGGCAGCCUCUCCUCAAAGGCGGCAGCAAUCCCUCCAGACGCCGGGGGCAGCCCUGCCACCCCUGCACUGCCGCGCACGGCCCCUCACCGGCCCCCCCGAGGACCUGCCCGGCAGAGACGGAGACCUCACCUCACACACCAGGCCCUGGAGCCCCAGGCCCACCGGGUGACCAGGGCCCGACCGCGGCCCAAGGCCUGACCCCCACCAGACGGCUUCCACGUAGAUGCUUGGAUCCAGUCUGGCGGUUGAGUGUUUCCAGAAGGUUCUGCACAGGAGGCUGCUGGGAACCCACUGUGCACACCCCCAGGAAAAUGGGUGUGUGAGGCCUGCGCCUCCCAGACCCAGACUUUGUGCAAAUCAACGAGACGGCUCAGCGCGGAGCCCGAGCCAAGGGCGUUCCAAGAAACUGUGUGUCUGUUUUCUGUACCAAAAAUCUCACACAGCUUUGAAUGCGUGUGAUGCGGGACCCACGCGGGCUUUUAACACGGGAGCCUUGGAGGACAGCGCUCCUGAAAGGGGCUCCGGCUCCGAGAGCCGGCCACCCGCCCGACCACCUGGGGGACCGCCGCGUGCGCCUCACGCUGGGACACUGGCGGUGUGGGAUGCCAUGUGUGGACGUUUCUGGAAGCCUGGUUUUGGAGAAUACAGGCCGUCGGCAUUGUG